AUGCCGCCCUGGCUGCUCGGCACCUGCUGCGUCCUGGCGGCGCGGGCGGCGCUGGGCGGCGGCUCCGCGGGCGCGGAGGAGGAGGAGGAGGAGAAGCUGAUCCGGGUGCUGGUGCUGCUGCCGCAGGACGACGCCUACCUUUUCUCGCUGGGGCGGGUGCGCCCGGCCAUCGAGUACGCGGUGCGGAGCCUGCGGGAGAGCGGCGCGGGUCUGCCGCCCGGCUACGCCUUCCAGCUCACCUACGAGGACUCGGCGUGCGGCAACCGCGCCCUGUUCAGCCUGGUGGACAUGGUGGCCCUGCAGCGCCGGCCCGACCUGCUGCUGGGGCCCGUGUGCGAGUACGCGCGCGCGCCCGUGGCGCGCUGCGCGGCGCACUGGGACGUGCCGAUGCUGUCUGCGCGGCUGGCCGCGGGCUUCGGCGCCACAGAGCCGGGAGUAUCGCACCUUUCACCCCGCGUGGCCCCCGCCUACGCCAAGAUGGGCGAGAUGCUGCUGGCCCUCUUCCGCCACCACCAGUGGAACCGGGCCACGCUGCUCUACAGCGACAGCAACCCCGAGCGCAGCUGCUACUUCGCCAUGGAGGGCGUCCAUGUGGUCUUCCAGGAGGAAGCCUUCCACAUGGCCGUGCACAGCUUCGACGAGACCAGCCGCCACCUCGACCUCGACGACGUCGUCCGCGCUCUCCAGACCGGCGAGAGGGUUGUAAUCAUGUGUGCCAGCGGUGACACUAUCAGGAACAUCAUGUUGGCUGCUCAUCGGCAAGGAAUGACCAACGGGGACUACGCUUUCUUCAACAUUGAACUCUUCAACAGCUCAUCAUAUGGAAAUGGUUCUUGGAGAAGAGGAGACAAACAUGACCUUGAAGCCAAGAAAGCGUACUCGUACCUCCAGACUGUCACUCUGCUAAGGACCGUGAAGCCUGAGUUUGAGAAGUUUUCAUUGGAGGUGAAAAGUUCUGUUCAGAAGCAAGGUCUUCAUGAGGACGACUAUGUGAACAUGUUUGUGGAAGGAUUCCAUGAUGCUAUUCUUCUUUAUGCUCUAGCUUUACAGGAAGUCCUGAAGUUUGGUUUCACUAAGAAAGAUGGGGAAAAAAUUGUUCAGCAAACACGGAACAGAACAUAUGAAGGCAUUGCAGGGCAGGUGUCCAUUGAUGCAAAUGGAGACAGAUACGGGGAUUUCUCUGUGAUUGGAAUGACAGACCCAGAGGCAGGCACACAGGAGGUGAUCGGGGACUACUAUGGAAAGCAGGGGCGUUUUGAGAUUCGAUCAAAUGUGAAAUACCCUUGGAAUCAUGGCAGGCUGCGGCUAGAUGAAAGCCGAGUUUCAGAGCACACAAACAAUGCACCGUGUAAAUCAUCAGGUGGUCUAGGAGAAUCAGCAGUUACAGGAAUAGUUGUGGGUGCCUUGCUUGGAGCAGGAUUGCUAAUGGCUUUUUACUUUUUCAGAAAGAAAUACAGAAUAACUAUUGAGAGACGAACUCGACAGGAGGACUGUAACAUGGGGAAACAUCGGCAGUUACGUGAAGACUCCAUUAGAUCUCAUUUUUCUGCUGCGUAAAGAAGAGGAAAAAGAAUCCCAUUCUUCCUAGGGAAAAAAAAUAAUUAGGGAAAAGGACACAACCAAAGACAUCAGUGUAAAAAGAGGCUCUUGAAGAACAUACUCUUUUAAGCAGUAAUUUUGUCUUAAUUUCUUUCAGAAGCUCAGGAAUGAUUUACUAAUCACAUUAUGCCGCAUGGCCUUUCAUCUCAUGAAAAAAAAGGAAAAUUAUGCGGUUUGAUGUUAUAGGGUGUACUUAAUAUGUAAAGACAGUAUUUCUUAAAGCAUGUAUUGAGGGCAGCCGAUCUGGGUUUAGUUGAUGGGGAAUGCCUCAUUGUGUUUCUUUUUUUUUUUUUUUAGCUUCUACCACCUCCUUCCAUAAUUGCAUCUCAUCCAUGGGUGUCAGAUAUGGUUUCACAGGCACAGGUGCUGGUUGCUGUCAAAAGGAAAAAAAGAGAUUUAUUUGGGGUAUGAUCCUGCAUCACUGAAUCACUGCCAUUGGUUCUAGGGGAUAUAAGAUUUGGUGUACGGAGUUUAGUUCUGGGAGAGAACUGGCACUUGGGUCUAAUUAACUCCACUGAAAAAGGCAGGUGGAAACACACACAAUUCUUUCCUUGUUUAUGUGGUAUCACAAUCAAAAGCACUGUUUCUCCUUCUUAAAUGCUGGGAGUUACGAAAGUCUUCAGUGAAGAAUGGGGAGUUUCGGUGGUGUGAAAUAGGGAGAGAAGACAAUCAGGCCUUGGAGAGGACUGUUUAAUUCCUCAGUCUUACAUGUGUUUUAUCACACUCUUUUCUCUCCACUGCCAUGACUUUUCAGAGUGGCAAAUAUAGGCCGUGUCGAGCCUGCUCCUGUUCUCAGUGAAGUCAGUGGCAAAAUCCCAUUAACUUCAAUGAGCACAGGACUGCAUCCAAAACUGUAAAUAUGAAAGUGUUUGUAUAGUUGACGCAAUUAAAAAGGGGAUUUUUUUUUGUGUAAAAAUGACAUUCCAUCCUUCCAUUUUAUUUUUGGGAUAUUUUUUAUCUUGUAUUUUUCUAUUAAAGUAUCUAUUUUUGCUUUGGUAGGAUUAAAAAUAAAGGAAGAGGAUGUUUUGAAGACAUAUUUUUUAUGAUAGGAGUAGUAUGCAGGGAAAGUCAACAGCUGUAAAUACAUUUUAGAACUAGCAUUUAGGGGAGGAGAAGUGACUUUGUUGAUAGUAACAGACUUUCUUCUCCAGGCAUGUGCAACAUUCAAGUAGUUACUUAAACAAUAUAAAUGCAGUUAUUGAGUUGUCAAUGGGAUGAUGGCGCUGAUGGUGAAAAUUACGAAUUUUUCAUGUUAAAGAGUCCUACAGAAGUUGGUGAGAUUUAGCUGUCCAUGUGUGUACAAUUGAACAACCAAGGAACUACCUUCAGGAAUUGGGUGGUAAAACACUCUUCUAGUGGUGACUUUAAUCCUGCUACCAUCAGUAUCCCUGGGACUUUUGCCAUUGAUUCUACCAGGAGCAAAACUGAAUCUGUGAUGAAUUAGCUACUGACAGGUUAUUUUAUACUAGACAAAGGAAAGUUUUGCACUUUCUAGUCAACAAAUGGAAAUGAACCGUACACUUACUGUAAAUGUGGUGAAGAAGACCCAUAAAAUAUUGUCUGUGGGAAAAUUGAGCUAUGACUAUGGUUCUAGUGCAUGAAAUAUUUUGGUUUAUCCUGUUCUGAUUUUGUAAGAAAAAAUUGCUGGUCUCAGAUGUCAUAAUCAGAUUUGAAAAUUAAUCUCAAAAAUGGCUCUGAAGCCUGACUUCUACAAAACUUCUUAUCCCUGAGAAGCUAUGGUACCAACUCUGAGAAACCACUUUGGGGUUGCUGUAAGUGAAUGAAGAGUUAAAACCAGCUAUGCCUCCUUUCUGAUGCCUUUUAUUUGUUGAUGGACUUUUUUUCCCAUUAUAUUUCACUCCUUUCUUAGCAUAUGGAGAGGUUCAUCACCUGCCCUUGUUAAAUACUGUCCAAUUUUCCAGACAGACAGAGGGUAGGUCUUCCUGACUGUCAGAGCAGCUCCAGUACAGGGAGUAGAUUUGCAUCAUCCCAUUGCCACCUCUGGGCCUGUGUGACUUCUGCAACGGUGCCUUGGGCAGGUUUCUGAAGUAGCCCUCUUAUCUCAUGGGUACCAGAGAAGAAUGUAGGCUAGAGCAGCAUUCAUACCACUAUGGAGUUGGGGAGAAAAAAAGACUUUGUGAUUAGUUUAUUUUUUUCAAGCGGUUGAGUUUGCCUAGUCCCUGGGCAUGCUUAAAGUUUGGGGUUUUUUUAAUAGUUUCCAAGGCAGUUUUGAUCUACUUCUUGUUUUGCAAAGUUGCAUUUCAGUAUCUUUUGCCCAUUUGACUACUUUACCACAGGAAAAAAAGAGAAGGAAAAUUCUUACAUGUGUAAAAAUAAGAGGGUGUGAUUUGAACCAUAAACUUUUUUUGAAAUUAUUUUUGUUGUGACUUUGCAGUGUAAACUAGUACUCAAACAGUCACUUAAGACAGUUGUGUAGAUUUUAUUUUUCCUGUACCAUGCAGAGUUGGGUCAGACCAGAAUAUCUGAGACAGGCGAUCCAGCUGGUACAAGAAAUUGUUAAGAGAGUUUGUUUAUUUAUUGUGUCAUUUUAUGAUAACUAUAAAAAGGUAUAGUGAAAUAUUGCUUUUUAUUAAAAAAAUAAUGAUUCUGAUCCUUGGUUUUAUGUAGGGUUUUAAAUCAUGAUCUCAAGAAGUGUUUUCUGUGAGUGUUUCUAUGAGAUGUCUGUUGGUAGGAUGCUGACAGAGGCUUAGCCAAAACUAUACAUCUCAGCACUUCCCAAGAAAGGUGAAUCUUUCUUGCACAUUAGAGUGUUUUAGAUCAAUGGGGUUUAAUCUUUCUAUGUUGAUGCACACAAAUGUGUGCGUUUUUCCCAUGGAAGUGUGGAGAUUGUUUAAGACAUUUCAGGUAAGUAGAUUCCUGUAUAGCAUAAACAGACUUGCUCAUCUUAGCUGCCUUUCAUAGGCCUCUUGCAAAUAGUUCCCAGGUCUUCUCUGGACCAUAGAUCAAAAACUGCCUUGGGUUUAGAUUAUUCAGCGGAGAGAUUCUUUACCGGCUAAUGCACUGUGCCUUUCUGGUUCAUCUGCGUUAGCUCAAUGCCACAAUGUUUAAGCUUCAAACUCUGCAAGGGAAUGUCUAAUCAAAAUAAUAAUAAUUGAUUCUCAAAAGAGGUUUCAAGACCUACAUUUUUGGCUUCAGCAAAUUGCCCGUAUUACAAACACACAUCUGUAUUACAGAGCAGCACAAGGAGACCCUUCACCCAGCUCAGCACUUCAGAACAUACUUAAAAUAUGUUCAGCUUCUAAGUGCUUUGCUCACUUGGGACCAAAGGAUAUGGUCCUGGCCAUGGCUG